UUUAUAGGUAUCUGUGAACAUGAAGAAAUUGACUUCUGUGGCUUAUAUGGUUAUUUUGUACAGCAUAGUAUUCGGUUUAUCUUCCACAGAAGCUAGCCCCGAAUCGUCCGAUUUGGAUCGCAAUAGUUAUUCCUGGAAAAAUGGUUCAUGGAGUGCGUGCGUUAACAUAGAAAGAUGCGGAAUGGGAUUGCGGACUCGAAAGGUGUGGUGCCAAGAUGCUACAGGACUCAUAUACCCUGAUUCUAAUUGCGUUUCAUUUGAAAAACCACCAACUGUCAAAUCCUGUUUUAGAGUUUGCCAAAAGCACAAACAUGAUUUAAGAUGGACGAUAGGUGAGUGGUCUCCAUGCAUUCCUGUGAAAAGAGGACUUCCUUCUACGCCUUGCAGGCAAACCUCCAUUGCCGGUGUAGCUCGUCGAACUGUCAAUUGUCUCUUUAAAAGAACGCAACGCAUUGUGUCGUCUGAAGCGUGUGAAUACUUCUGGGACAGACCUGAUUCCGAGAUGCCCUGCUCACUGGAUUGUCCUCAAGACUGCAUCGUGAGAAAAAGAAAUGUAUCUUGUAUUCCACCGGGAUGCAAAUCAAAUGGACAGUGGAUUGAAGAAGUUACGGAUGUAGUUAUCGCACCGGAUAGGGAUGGUAUGCUUUGUCCCAGUAUCGAUCACCGACCAGUAUGCAGUCCCGAUCUUCUCCCUGGAUUGUGCAAAAAUUCCGAUAAUGGAAAUAGGAGGUACUUGCUCAAGAUCAGUGAAUGGAGUCCUUGUCAGGUGCCUGAUAACGUCAAUGCAAACCGGAUUUCAUGGGUGGAAGAGGAAAUCCAAAUAGCACUUCACCCUCUCAUUGGAUUGAGCCGGAGGAAUCUCACCUGCAUCACAGAGGAUGGAGAAGUCACGGAUAUCAGUUUUUGCAAUGUUGUGGACGUUCCUGCAUUGGUCCGCCGGUGUGUUGUGCCAGUGCAUUGCGCCGUGUCUCCAUGGAGUGAAUGGAAUGUGACAGUAGAAGGAUGUAUCAGUUCUGAUGGUAAAGUCCAUCCGGAGACAAGAAUUCGAACUCGCCGACUACUUCAGAUGCCAGUUGGAACGGGUGCUGAGCCAUGUCCGCCACUAUUUGAGCAGCGAAUGGUUACAAUUGAUAUUCCGCGUUGUUAUAAGUAUCAGUGGUACCCUUUGGAAUGGAGCACAUGUGAAAUCCGACUUCACAACCAGCGUGGAGAAACGAAGGUUGUGGUACCCACAUGUGGAAGUGGAUUUCAGUAUCGCAACCUGACUUGUUUAAGGUCCAUAGAUAUGGUACCUGUCAACAAAAAGAUGUGCAAAGACCCGCGUCCAGUUACAAUCCAGAGGUGUAAAGUACCGUGCAAAAGGGAUUGUCAAGUCUCUCAGUGGUCGAGAUGGGGCCUUUGCAUGCCUUUCAACAAUACAGACUUCUGGGAAGAAAUAGAUUCGGGAUAUAGACGUCGUGAUCGCAGCGUCGUUGUCAGCCCGAGUAAUGGAGGAAAGCAAUGUCCUCAUCUGCAGGAACUGGACGAAUGCUCUGAAAUCGAGAUUUUUGAUUGGCAGUAUGGGAGCUGGAGUAACUGUUCCAUUCUGGAUCCCCAAGCUGUCUGUGGCCCAGGAGAGAGGACUAGAGAUUACACAUGCGUCAAUUAUGAUGGUGCACCCAUGAGUGAAUUAAUAUGCAAUCAUCACAAAUAUCUGGAGGGGCCAAGCGGAUCCUGCCGAGUUCCCUGCCCCAAUGACUGCAUCAUGACUGAAUGGUCAGAAUGGUCAGUUUGCAGUAAGAGAUGUGUUUCUUUGGAUGACGAAGGAGAACAAAUUAGGAAUAGAUCUGUACUCGCUAUUGCUGGAGAAGGGGGCAAAGAGUGUCCCAAGAAGAGGAGGAACGGCAGAAGCUGUAAUAUGUACAGCUGUGUACCAUACAAAUGGGAGACUUCAGAGUGGGGACUGUGCAUUACAUCUGACCAUCAUGGGGAAAUUUCAUACGGCACUGGAUUCCAAGAAAGGCAGAUACGCUGCGUGAAAGGAGGAAAAGAAGUCAAGUCCACCAAAAU